AUGGAAGAAAAUCAAAAUCUAAAAAUUAUUCUUAUAGGAGAUUCAAAUGCUGGUAAAACCAGUUUAAUAAUCAAAUUUAAAACAGACAGAUUCACUUUAGAUUCUGUCAAUACUGUUGGAAUUGAUUUGAAUGUGGAGAAGAAUGUAAAAAUUAACAAUCAAUUUUUUGAUAUUGCAAUAUGGGAUACAGCUGGAUAAGAAAUAUAUUAAAAGAUGGUCAAAUUUUCAUCAAAAGUAUAUGCAUUCACAGAAGAUAUUUAUAGGAUGCAAAUACAGCUAUGAUUUGUUUUGAUUUAAGUGAUUCCAGUUCUAUUGAUAAUGUAGCCAGUUGGAUUUAGUUAUUAAGAGAAGAAGCACCUUAAAAUAUUUAAAUGGUUAUUAUUGGGACAAAAAAGGAUCUACCCAACAAAUAUACUUAAGAAUAACUUUAGUAAAUUUAAAUUGCAUGGAAAGCUAAUUUUAAUAAUGAUUUUCCUAUCUUUUUGACAUCCUCUAAAACUGGAGAAGGUAUAAAGGAAGCUUUUCAAUCAGCUUUUGAAUUAGGAGCAAAGGCGAAAUAGGAUCAUAAUUUAUGUCCAGAUUAAUAGGCUUAUAAGAGUUUUAAAAUAAGUACAUCUUAAAUUCAAUUGUAAUAAAACUAAAAAGUAAUUGCCUUAAUCUCUAAUACAACAACUCCUAAGGGCAGUGAAUUAAAUCCUAGAUCUGAAUCAAGUUGCUGUUGA